AUGGCUGAGAUAUGCUGUGGAGUAGUGAGUGAGAACGAGGCGUCCUCGACGCCAUCUGAGCCAACUUCAAGAGCUGCUAGACGGAGAAGAAUGGAGAUCAGACGAUUCAAAUUUGUCACAGGAGUAGCCUCAACAGAGGCAGAAGCUGAUGAGAUGGGCACUCAUAAAAAGCAGAAACUACAAGUUUUCGGUGGUGGUAGUAGUCCAUUUUCUCGUGACUGCCAAAACGCAGUAGAGAAUUGUUUUUCCGAUAGUCAUGGUACAAAUGGGAAAAAACCACUUGAGAAUGGAAAAUCAUCAGAACUUCUAAUUUCCAGGCAGUACUCGUUAAAUCUAACUCAAACUCCCUCGACUUUAUUAACACCUUCAAUUGAUCUGGAAAUGUUUCCAAAAUUCGGGGUGGCUUCAGUUUGUGGAAGGAGAAGAGACAUGGAAGAUGCAGUAGCAAUUCAUCCUUCCUUUUUUCGCAAAGACCAUGAUGAAACCACCACCGAGCUACACUAUUUUGGUGUCUUUGAUGGCCACGGUUGUUCUCAUGUGGCGGUAAAGUGUAAGGAGAGAUUGCAUGAGCUUGUGAAAGAGGAGAUGGAGGGCAUGGAGGCGUGGAAAAGCGCAAUGGAAAGAAGCUUUCGGCGGAUGGACAAGGAAGUGGUGGGGUGGAAUCAGGAGAUGGAUAUUAGGGCGAAUUGCAGGUGUGAGAUGCAAACUCCAGAAUGUGAUGCUGUUGGAUCUACUGCUGUUGUUGCCGUUGUAACUCCUGAUAAAAUUGUUGUCGCAAACUGUGGUGAUUCAAGAGCUGUUUUGUGUCGUAAUGGCAAGCCUGUCUCUCUUUCUUCAGAUCACAAGCCUGACCGUCCAGACGAGCUUGACCGGAUCCAAAACGCUGGUGGCCGGGUCAUUUACUGGGACGGGCCAAGGGUUCUUGGAGUUCUAGCUAUGUCAAGGGCCAUAGGUGACAACUAUCUAAAACCAUACGUUAUCUGCGAGCCAGAGGUAACAAUAAUGGAUCGAACGGCAGAAGAUGAUUGCUUGAUACUGGCAAGCGAUGGUCUUUGGGACGUGGUGUCUAACGAGACAGCAUGUGGGGUGGCGCGUAUGUGUAUGAGAGGGAAAGGACAUGCACGGCCUCCAUGUUCUCUUCCUGGGAUGGCAGAGAAUAAUGAGGUUGUGGGGAUAACCACCGGCACCAGCGGAAGUGGGGAGAUGUCGGACCAGGCGUGCUCUGAUGCAUCAAAUUUGCUGACGAAGCUGGCGCUGGCCAGGCACAGUACUGACAAUGUGAGCGUUGUCGUGGUGGAUUUAAGGAAAGACACGUAG